AUGGCUCUGUGUCAGAAUAGGCUACAAGAAGAACGGAAACAAUGGCGGCGUGAUCAUCCCUUUGGCUUCUAUGCGAAACCCACGCGAACAAAGGAGGGCGUUUUGGAUUUGAAAAACUGGGAAUGCGGCGUCCCGGGAAAGGAGAAGACCAUCUGGGAAGGAGGCUUAUUCAAGUUGACUAUCGCGUUUCCUGAAGAAUACCCGACCAAACCCCCGAAAUGCAAAUUUGUACCACCAUUGUUCCACCCAAACGUGUAUCCUUCUGGCACGGUGUGCCUCUCGAUUCUCAAUGAAGAAGAGGCCUGGAAACCGGCGAUCACUGUGAAGCAGAUCCUUCUGGGCAUCCAGGAUCUGCUGAACGACCCGAAUCCCGAGUCACCAGCCCAGGCCGAUGCGUAUAACUUGUUCAAGAGAGACAGGCCGGAAUAUGAAAAGCGAGUCCGCCGUGUGGUGCGCGAGAACCAAGCGCCUUGA